AUGACUUCCCAAAUAACUCGCCAAAUCCUGCCGGGAAGAAAGACCUCCCCGGAGAGGCAGGGAGCAAAGAGGGUAAAACGAAAUCACAGAUCCGAGCAGAGAACAGAGAGCGCCAGGAGAAAGAGGGCCGCCAAGGCAGCUGCAGCAACCAAUAAAAACAAGCAAUCGGUUUCACAGCGACCAGAUGACUCAGGUGCACGAAGAGGUGCGCCGUCUCAGGCACCCACCACCGAGCCACCACCUUCGAUCACUGCCGAUGUCGAGAAUAAGAUUCGAGAUCUAAGAAUUUUCUCCCCUUUGGCGCUCGCCAAGUCUGAAUUAUACUCGCGUAUUGAUCAAUAUAUGCAAGAACGGAUUCUGGCAGCCGACGUCGCAAUCUCAACGUUUGGCUUGGCCAAAAUCCAUGGGGACGUAGUCCUGACCUACGCAAGCAUAUCUGCUCAUCGCGCGGGGAAACGAUUUGAAGUAAUCGUAGUGGAUUCACGGCCCAUGUUAGAAGAAAUUUGCGAACCUUGGCAGCCUCUGGAAUCCCAUGCACAUACUGCAUUGUCUGCCCUUGGGACAGUCAUGAAGGACGCAUAUAGUGUUCUUGGCACCCAUGCGCUGCAUUCAAACGGAGCGCUAUACUCUCGUGCUGGGACUGCACUUGUCGCAAUGAUGGCAAAACAACACAAUGUCCCAGUACUUGCUUGUUGUGAAACGUACAAAUUUCCGAUAGCGUUAACUUGGAUAGCUUACCAAGAACGAGCUUGUUUCGUCGGCCGAAAUGACGUCCAAACACCCGCAGUAUACGCAAACGCAAACACGAAUACAAGGACUCCACGAGACGAGUUCAAUCUUCAACUCCUAAACCCCCUAUAUGACCUGACCCCACCUGCCUAUAUUACCGCUGUUGUGACCGAAGUUGGACUCAUCCCGGUGUCAUCCGUCCCCACUGUUCUGGGGCGGCCGCCUCAAUACGCGAACCCCAAUGCUCCAGUCCAGUAUGGCGGCCAGAUGGGGAUGAUGCAGCCUUCAGGCAUGAUGCCUCCGUCGAUGCCAGCGACGACUGCAGCGACUGAUCCAUACGCUAACGCUCAGCCGGGAACGAUCGCAUACCAAGUCGGAAGGUCCCGAUGGGAUCGCAACUUAUACACCCGUCAUCGCCCAAGAAACCAUUUAUCAGACACCCUCCGGUCCAACUCGCGGUAUCAAAUGGGUUACAGCAAUUCUAGUCAAGCAUCUGCUGCAGGCAUUCCGUCCGGCUCUAUUACUGCCUCCAACGCGGCCCAGCUUCCACAAGCUGUUGCCACUGGAUACGGGUACCCACCAUCUCCUGGAGACGACUAUCCUGUUAUGAAGCCUGGGAUGUCUCAGCGUGAAUACGAAACGUGCUCGCAAGGAAAAAAAGAACGCUCUAAGAACCGUGACCGCGACCGUGAUCGUGACCGUGAUCGCUGGGAACGUGAUCCCCAAGAUCCAUAUGAUAUUACUGGCGGUCGUGGCGGUCGCGAGCGAAAGUAUAGUGGAGACUUUGGUUUAUCGCGCCAGUCAUUCUACCCUCCCGCUGGAAAUGGUGCUCCUAGUGGAGGAUAUAAUGCCCCCGUUCCGGGCGGAUAUGGUGUGGUGCUCGUUCGAUGCCAGGUUCCCCCGUCCGCCCGCACUCUGCCUUCCAUCCGAAUCAUUACGAUGACGUUCCCCACGGUGGCCCAUCUCCUCGUCCAGGACAUUACGCCCGUAGCCGCCACGCAUCUCCUUCUAUGGGGCCGACCCACCUACCUGGUGGAUAUGGGGUAUCUUAUGUGGAGGAGGCACGCGAUCCUGUUUCUGCGACGCCUAUCCGCCCUAUGCUACGCGCUGGCCCGCAGCCCGCUGCAGGCGCCCAAUUCUUUGUAUUCUGUCUCUGGACGUGAGCUUAACAGAGCCAACCGUUUACCGCAUUCGAAAUUCUUCCUUGUUGAGGAUCUUAGGGAACUCAUGCAGCCUCAACCCCCGCCGCUUCCGGCCGCUCUGGUUCCGCAUGACGUCAUGGCCGAGGAAUGGGACCGCUGUAUGCAGGGUCUUAUCUCCUUGACUCUCAGGCACUGCAAUCAUCCCGAAGCGGCGCGCUUGAUCCUUGGUGGAUCUUAUCACGCAGUGGAACACCACAUUCUCUUGCCUCGUGGCCGGGAUGAUCGCUACUUCUCGUCUGCUCGCCGCGAGCAGCGGGCUGCCAAGAGGGCCGAGCGCAAGGCUCGUCGUAAGGAGAAGGCCCGCCGCCGCCGUGCUCGUAGACGCCAACGUGCUGCUUCAAUUCGCAUCCGUGCUGUUCCUCUCCACUAG